AUGGAGGACAAAGCAAACAACAAUGCAGAGCCUCACGGCCUGGCCACGGAAGUCGAUGUGGAGAAGGCAAAUGCGCCGCCUCUAUCUAGGGUUCAGACUGAGGAUGAGUACCCGAGUGGAAUCAAGGUAUUCAUUAUUAUGAUGGCUGCGUUUCUGUCUAUGUUCCUCGUCGCCCUAGAUCGCACAAUUCUAGGAACAGCCAUCCCCAAGAUAACAGAUCAAUUCCAUUCUAUCGACGACGUUGGAUGGUAUGCGAGUGCCUAUUUGCUCACUUCAUGCGCUUUCCAACUUAUUUACGGUCGAAUCUACACCUUCUAUUCACCUAAAUGGGUCCUAUUGUGCGCCAUCGGUCUUUUCGAGCUUGGGUCAACAGUAUGUGGCGCAGCACCCACUUCCAAAGCCUUCAUCGUAGGCCGUGCGAUUGCUGGUCUCGGCUCAGCAGGUAUCCUCAGCGGUGUCAUUAACAUCAUGGUGAUAACCAUUCCCCUCCACAAACGACCUAUGUACCAAGCUGUGUUCGGUGCUGUCUUUGGUCUCGCUUCAGUCGCUGGUCCUCUCCUCGGAGGAGUCUUCACAACCAAGGUCUCAUGGAGAUGGUGCUUCUAUAUCAACCUGCCUAUCGGCGGGGUUGUCGUAGCAGUAAUUGUUCUCAUGCUGAAGGACAAACCGAGCACCAACACCGAUACCCUCAAACAACAGCUCUGGAAACUCGAUCCCUUCGGUUCCUUGGUCUUCCUGCCAGGUAUCAUCUGUCUAUUGUUGGCUUUGCAGUGGGGAGGAACAACCUACCCAUGGUCCAAUGCACGAGUCAUUGUCCUCUUCAUCAUCUCUGGCAUCCUCCUCUCCCUUUUCGUCUUCAUCCAAUUCCGCAUGGGUGACAACGCCACAGUCCCUAUCCACAUCAUCAAGCAACGCUCCGUAGCAUCUGGCGCAUACUUCUCCGUCAUGUCUCCAGGAUCCAUGAUGGUCAUGAUCUACUACCUCCCCUUAUGGUUCCAAGCCAUCAAAAACGUCACUGCCGUCCACUCAGGAAUCGACACUCUCCCACUCGUCAUGUCGCUCGUCGUAGCAUCGAUGUCCGCUGGAGCAAUCACCGCCAAGACAGGGUACUACGUAGGUCAAUUGAUCGCAUCUUCAAUCAUAAUGUCCGUCGGAGCAGGACUUCUCACUACCCUCCAAGUAGACACAGGACACGCAAAGUGGAUUGCAUAUCAAUUCCUCUACGGCUUCGGUCUCGGUCUCGGUAUGCAACAAGCCGGUAUGGCAGCCCAGACCUGUCUCAAUAAAAAGGACGUCAUGACUGGUGUUUCUCUCAUGUUCUUCAUGCAAGGUCUCGGUGGUUCCGUCUUCAUCUCGAUUUCACAGACCAUCUUCACGCAUGGCCUCAUCAAAUACCUUGGAGACAGCACAGGCAUCAGUCCUAACAUCAUCGUCAACACCGGAGCCACAGAUCUGAGAAACUUGGUACCAGCAGCAGACUUGGGAACAGUGCUGGUAGCAUAUAAUAAAGCUUUGAGCGAUACAUUCAAAGUUGGAUUGGCCUGUGCUUGUGUUACGAUUGUUGCCGGCUUUACCAUGGAGUGGAAAUCAGUCAAGGGAUUAAAGCAUGGCGGUCAGCAAUCUCCUCCCGCCGAUAACAAUAUCCCGCUGGAAGAUCAGAAGGCGCCAGCACCCAACACGGAUGAGGGUCAUGUCACAGAUACCGAGACGGCGGUAGGGAAAGAGACUCCACCUACGACGCUGAACGAUACGCCGCCAACAACGGCCGUGGAGCCUGUCAGAGAAUGA